CGACAGCAGAGAGAGGCAACCCCUUUCGGAAGGGGCGUGUGGCUGAUCGAGUCAGCGCUGCCGGAGCCUCUCAGCCUGCAUUUCCAUCAGCAGCAGUAGCAGCACAGAGCGGUGACGCGCCGAGCAUACAGAGGGGAUAAACUUACACAUACAAACACAUUGACGAGGACUAGUGGGCUGCUAUCUCGUGGCUGUUUCUUUUUUGACGAGGACUUCUAGUUGGUGACUAUCUCUAGCCUAUCGUUUAUUUAUUUUUUUCCCCGGUCAACCUUUGGAAGUGACUGUUCUUCUCCUCCCGAUCCAUGCUCAAAGUGUUGAUAAGCGGGGAUAUCGGCGGAUAUCACGUUGAUUAAAAGAACGAGAGAGAGAGAGAGAGAGAGAGAGAGAGAGAGAGAGAGCGAGAGUGAGGACUGGAGAGACAGCGCAGCGGAGCUGUAACGCGGAGAGGAGCGAGUUUUUCGGUGGCAUCGGCAGUGCGCCUUUUGUUGGGACUCGGGACCGUAUGGUGCAGUUUUUAGCACCGAGGUGAAGACGGUUCAAACACCGAGAAGGACAUACCUGUGUGCUGCUAUUAGUCGCUCCGGAGGACCGCUUGUGGUUGUACCCAAAGAACACGGAUAUAGGAACGCGCUCCCUCCACGCAGGGGAGAGAGAGUGAGAGAGGGCUGAGGGUUGCCGAGUACAACCCGAGAGGUCUGGGAGUCCUCAACACGCAGGUGAUCGCAGUUUCUUGACCCGUGCGCAUCGAUCCACGGAUUAACUCGUCGUGGAUCAUCGACCGCCUUUCUGGAGUAGGCGACGGACGGAUUGGGGUUGUUUGGUUUCUUUAUUUUCUAGAGUUGGGGUCGUCUUCUCCAGGGAGGAUAUGGCAACACUAAAAGCAUCGGCCAGAGACACGGGGGUUGGCAGCGAGGGGAAGCAGUAGCUGAUGACAGGAUGCGAGCAGCGACCUGAGAGUCACUCACAGCAGUUCCCACCCUGGUUCAAGACACUUCUGUUUUCUUUUGCGUGCGGUGAUUUCCGCCUCAUGACGCUGACUUUACCGAGACUGAAGAACACUGCCCGACACCUCUGAGGAGUUUCAUUCACGUUUUUCUUUUUGUUGCUGUUGCAUGUUUUUUCCAGUAUUUUUUAUAUCUUUUUUUGUGACUCAACAAGGAUGUAUUGUGGAUUAGACUUUAUCCUUCUAUUGGGAUUCGUCUUGGCUGUCAGGGCUUUCAAAAACGAUAAAUGUGGAGACAACAUCAGAAUCACAAAGGCAAACUACCUCACCUCGCCUGGCUACCCGGCGUCAUACUCUCCCUCACAUAAAUGUGUGUGGGUGAUAACGGCGCCUGGGCCUCACCAGCGGAUCCUAAUCAACUUCAAUCCACAUUUUGAUCUGGAGGACCGGGAGUGCAACAGCUGGAACCCUGAGUCCGGCAAUACCAAUGUGCACACAGAACCACCCGGAAACAAGCAAAGCAAUAAAACCUCAGUGCUCAAUAGUAACCUUUUUGUUUGCUCUCCCUCCCCCCCUUCCUCCUUCCCUCCCCCCCAUCUCUUUCAUUCGACUAUUCCUACACCCUUCUCCUUCCUUCCUUCCUUCCUUCCUUCCUUCCUUCCUUCCUUCCUUCCUUCCUUCCUUCCUUCCUUCCUUCCCUCCCUCGCUCCAGGUCCGGAAUGCUCCAGGAACUUCACGUCCAACAGUGGCGUCAUCAAGUCCCCCGGCUUCCCGGAGAAGUACCCCAACAACCUGGACUGCACCUUCAUGAUCUUCGCGCCCAAGAUGUCGGAGAUCGUGGUGGAGUUCGAGAGCUUUGAGCUGGAGCCCGACACCACGCCGCCCACCGGCGUUUUCUGCCGCUACGACCGUCUGGAAAUCUGGGACGGGUUCCCCGGAGUGGGGCCCUACGUCGGGCGGUACUGCGGGCAGAACAUGCCGGGCCGGAUCAUCUCCUACACGGGCAUCCUGGCGCUGACCAUCUUCACAGACAGCGCCAUCGCCAAGGAGGGCUUCUCCGCCAACUUCACCGUCAUCGAAAGGACGGUGCCCGAGGACUUUGACUGUACGGACCCCCUGGGACUGGAGUCGGGGGAGAUCCCGUCGGACCAGAUUGUGGCCUCGUCGCAGUACAACCCCAGCUGGUCCCCGGAGAGAUCCCGACUCAACUACUACGAGAACGCCUGGACGCCCGCCGAGGACUCCAACAAGGAGUGGAUCCAGGUGGACCUGGGGUUCCUGAGGUUUGUGUCGGCCAUCGGCACGCAGGGCGCCAUCUCCCAGGAGACCAAGAAGACGUAUUACGUCAAGUCCUACAAGGUAGACGUCAGCUCCAACGGAGAGGACUGGAUCACGCUGAAGGAGGGCUCCAAGCAGAAGGUUUUCCAAGGCAACACCAACCCGAAGGAGGUUGCCAGGGCGAUGCUGCCAAAGCCCACGCUGACUCGCUACCUGCGUAUACGCCCUGUUGCCUGGGAGACGGGAAUCGCACUGCGCUUCGAGGUGUACGGCUGUAAGAUAUCAGAGUACCCGUGUUCGGGCAUGCUUGGCAUGGUGUCCGGCCUGAUCAACGACGCCCAGAUCACGGCCUCGUCGCAUACAGACCGCAGCUGGUCUCCGGAGAACUCGCGGCUGCUGACCAGCCGGUCGGGCUGGACGCUGCUGCCCCAGCCCCAGCCCUUCGCCAACGAGUGGCUGCAGGUGGACCUGGGCCAGGAGAAGCUGCUGCGAGGCCUGGUCAUCCAGGGGGGGAAGCACCGCGACAACAAGGUGUUCAUGAAGAAGUUCCGCCUAGCCCACAGCAACAACGGCUCCCACUUCAGCAUGCUGAUGGACGACAGCGGCAGCAGGCCCAAGAUCUUCGAGGGGAACAUGAACUACGACACCCCAGAGCUGCGGACCCUGGAGCUGCUGACGCGCUACAUCCUGUACCCGGAGAGGGCCGCCCCCGCUGGCAUGGGCCUCCGCCUCGAGAUCCUGGGCUGUGAGAUCGAAGUUCUGUGUAUCCGUCCCCCCUGCACAGCCUUCCUGUGGUUCGCCUGUGACUUCGGCUGGGCCAGCGACCCCUCCUUCUGCAGCUGGACGUCCGAGGACACAGGAUCCAGGUGGCAGAUCCAGUCCAGCGGAACCCCCACCCUCAACACCGGCCCAAACAUGGACCACACAGGGGGCUCCGGUAACUUCAUCUACACGCUGGCCACCGGCCACCAGGAGACGGCGGUGGCGCGUCUGGUCAGCCCCAUGGUGAGCUCCCCCGCCGCCGACCUCUGCGUCUCCUUCUGGUACCACAUGUUCGGCCCGCGCAUCGGCAUGCUGCACCUGAAGCAGCGCAAGCAGACCCCCGAAGGGCCCGCCGACGUCGUGCUGUGGACCGUCAGCGGUCACCAGGGCAACCGCUGGAGGGAAGGCCGCAUUCUCAUCCCGCACUCCAACCAACCCUACCAGGUGGUGAUUGAGGGGCUGGUGGAGAGGAAGAGCUGGGGAGACAUCGCUGUGGACGACAUAAAGAUUCUGGACGGCAUCAGCAUGGCCGAAUGCCACGAUCCGUUUGUGCCCACGGAGCCAAUGUUGCCGGAAGAUCGACUCAAUAAAAUCAUCGAGGAGACCACCGACUACCCGGACCUGGUGGUGAGCAACGAGAUCAGCGGGCCGGGCAACAUGCUGAAGACCCUGGACCCCAUCCUCAUCACCAUCAUCGCCAUGUCCGCCCUGGGCGUCUUCCUGGGCGCCAUCUGUGGCGUGGUGCUGUACUGCGCCUGCUCGCACGGCGCCAUGUCGGACCGCAACCUCUCGGCGCUGGAGAACUACAACUUUGAGCUGGUGGACGGCGUGAAGCUAAAGAAGGACAAGCUCAACGUACAGAACUCGUACUCUGAGGCGUGAGGAGAUGGAGGAGGAGGAGGAGAAGGAGGAGGAGGAGGAGGAGGAGGAGGAGGAGGAGGAGGAAGAGUGUUUUUUGUGUGGCAGGGAGGACGCGCAGUGCCGAGCGCCAAUCUCCAAGAUUGUAGCGCGAGACUGAAGGCAUACUCUCUCCCCGUAUAUAUAUAGCUAUCUAUAUCAGUGAGUGGCCGGGCUAAAGGGACUGCCAGUGUUGCUAGCUCACUGGAUGAUUGACAGGUUCAGGAACCAACGGGAAGUUCAGACUGAUCCACGCUUUUCUCAGGAGCAACAGUAAAAUAAAAAAGAACCUACCAGUAGGGGGCACUGUGUACAAAUCAAAUACAAGAAAAAAAAAACUAUGUACAGAUGAUUUAGAAGAUGAUAUUUUAAUUUUGUAUUUUGAUUUUCAUUCACUUUUACAAUCGGAUGCUGGUGUUGAGACCAAUUUAUUAUAAUGUUUAAAGUAUUUAUCAUUGGGAGGAAACCAGUUUUUUGUUUUUGUUUUUGUACGAUCAGUUCUAGGAAGGUCUGUUUGUUUGUUUCCAUGGUUUUAAAGAGACGUGUCGAAAUCCUAAUUGAUGAACCAUACCUUUGCUAUAUCUGUGGAGUUACACCAUGGCAUACAGGGUUUGUCCAACCUAUUACCCCCUCUGCACCUCUUUCUAUGAGCGCCCCAACCCCCGCCCCAACCCCCAUACACACCCACACCAACACCCACCCUUGUCAUUGCCACCCCCUUUCCCUCCAAAGUGAGGGCCCAACCUGAAAACAGAGUAUGGUUCUGACAGUGCCUUUAGUACAUCAUUGUUGGCGUCAUCUAUAAGCGUUUGUUUUCUUUGUUUCCUUCUUUUUUUGUAUUUCAUCCGCACCUCACUUAAGUUAUGAUUAAAAUGAAAAUGAGAGGGCCACGUUCUCUCUCAAGAAGGAUUCCCCCAAUGGGGUCCAAUCUGCUUUCGUUCAUUUUGUUCUGUUCGGUUCCGUUCACCUUUUGUUUGUUCUUCUGUUAAAAAAAAAAACCAUGUUCUGUAAAUAUGUUUUAAUAUAUUACAUUACCUUUUUCUUUUUUUUUUACAAGAAAGUAAAAAAAGAAAAAAAAUCAGCUGCAGUAUUGCUUUCUUUCAUGGGUCGUUUGUAUGUGUGUGUGUGUGUGUAGUUUACAAUCGUAUGACGGUGCCGUGUUAAUGCUUUUAGUUUUUAGACUGCGUCGCUCUGAGGCAACGAGAGUCGGGGGCCGUCGCAAUAUGCCCACUGCUGCCGUUAUAGCCCAUUCAGUGCAAACUCAAACUGAUGUGCAAACUCAAAAAGAGCCUUUCCUGCCAUUUUUCAUUGCAGCACCCCUGUCACAAAAGGCACUAAAUCGCCAAUGAAAUGGUAGGAAACUAAUAAAAGCAAUUUACAUGAGAAUGACCCACAUGCAACCACUUUUAUUAUCUCUAUCUCUCUCUCUUGCUCUCUUUCUCUGUCUCUCUAUCGCUCUCUCUCCCUGACACACACACACACACACACAACACAAAUAUGGCAUUACAAGGCAAGGUUUCCUAUGGUGACAGAUGUGGUAUAUUGUGGAGAAUGUCAAGAAACCAAAAAGAAAACAAAGACAUGACACAUUGUCAUUUGAGCUUUGUUGUUGUCAUGGACUGACUUGGUCACCUAUAAACGUCACUGUGGAUUUCUCUCUCUCUCUCUCUCUCUCUCUCUCUCUCUCUCUCUCUCUCUCUCUCUCUCUCUCUCUCUCUCUCUCUCUCUCUCUCUCUCUCUCUCUGGACAA